AUGCGAGCCUCUAGAUUCUUGUUACCGGAUGUCAUAAGAGAUCAAUGUCUUGUUCAUCAACGCGCUGGCCGAAAGUGGUACACUAGUGACCACCGUUCAAAUACCACAGAUACGCCAACCGAAACCUAUCCACCGCUCCACCCCACUACUCCCACGGUCCCCUCCGCGAACAAAGUUGAGCCAGUUAAUCUGCACCGUCUGGUCACUGAUCUUGAUGCUGUUGAUAGUCCAUAUGUCAUCCCAUAUGCCGUCGCAGUCACUCGCGAUUCGUUGUUAUGGUACCAAAAGAAGCAUGAUAAGAUAAAACGUGUUGAUAAGGAGGAGAGGAGAGAGAGGAGAGAGGGGGAUCUUGGCGCAACUCAUCCUGAAGUUUUGGCAUACGCGCUCUUGGGAAACUCGAAUGAUUCAGCCAUACUUCAAAGCCAUUUCAUGGGAGCUUUUCUCCGGGCCCAAAGACCGCAGACGGGCGCUACUGAGCAAGACCGUAUAAACGAGUUAGCACUGAAUAUACCGUUGGAUUCUUCGGACAAGCAGCUAAGCCAGGAAGAGCUAUCAACAAAUAGUUCCAAGAAUCAGCUCGAACGCCAGUUGCUCCAAUGUACCAAUACUUUGGAACGGCGCCGCGUGGUUGAUAUUUUGUCUUCUACGCGCGAAGGAUGUCACAUCUUAAAUCAACACCUCGCCCGAACUCUCAUACCUUCAGCGCAAGGUUCUGCUAAAUGGAGACCAACGAGCAAAAGCUCGGAGUGCCUUCUCUUGCUCAAUGAUGUAUAUAACAAUAUCAUCAGCAGAGGUAUAACACCAAGUCGGAAUUUGAUUAACGCGGCACUCUACUACGCAUCCAAGUGUGGGUCUCUGCCGGCCAUUCGUCAAUACCUACCUCUAGCAGACAUUCGAAGCUGGCUUUUCGGGAGAGCAAUGAGACAUUUACAACUACACUUCGUACGCAGCAAAAGAUCAGCACCUGCCGUCCGCGUAUUUCCUUGGUUGGAAAAUGAAGCUCAUAUGAAUGAGAUCUUCGAGCUUCUGACAGGUUGGGAAUAUGGUCGUCUACCCGAAAGUGACGAACCCCGGAAGUUGUCUUUUGCUCUACUACUGUCACGGUAUUCCAGGUUUUACUGCUAUUAUAUCCUAGGACUUGGGGAGGCGGGUCUUCCUGAUAUACUUGAACUCGAAAGCAAAAUUGCUGAGCAGAAAUUUAAUAUCCUUGCCAAGUCCCUCUUGAGUUCCCAGGUUUUUGCCAUGGCACAUCUCCUCGCCGACAGGACUCGCCAUGCGGGAACUAUUCUCUCAGUGAUUCCUGCAGAAAUCAAGAGUGUUGACCUUACUACAGCAAAGUAUCAAGACGAGGCACAAUUACGGUAUGCCGCUUCUAACAAGCUGCUGCUUUCUGAGGUCCCAGCCAUCAUCCGGGAUGUCGUUCGUCAACAUUACGACUUCCACGGCCUUCGACCGGGCAAGGGAGUGUUAAUGCACAUAGAAAAGACCAUUUGCAGGGUUCAGCACUACUUAAUGAUUGACCCAGCCGUAGCACUCAAAGAGUUGCAUUCCAUUCUUAUUCUAGGGUUCUCGGCAAAAGACAAGUACGGCCGAUUAAAAGUUUCAAUAAGUUCUAUUCCAGACAGAGAGUCAACACCAGCACCAAGUCCAAGUGAGCCGCAAGAGUCAGAGUCAGAGCCAGUACCAGAGUCAGAGCCAGAUAUUGGGUUAUCAGAUGAGAUGUGUGAGCUUUUAAAGAUUGAAAAAUGGAGCAAGGUUGAAUCUCGAAGGAGCAAAGAGGAAAGUAACUUCGGCUUGGUGGUUUGGCCUCCUGAUGAUGGUCCGCCUUUGUAUGAAAAGAGAUUCUCGGACUCUGACGGAAUUAGAGAGGGGAAUUGUGAGGAUAUCGCGUACUCUGAUUGA